CUGCCAACGUUAAACGAGUUCUGUAUGUUAGAACGUAAUUACUAUAUUUAAAAAAAUAUAUAGCAUUUAUUUCGUUUUUGUACGUUAAGCAGUCAAAUCCUUUAUAUUAGAACCUUACCUGACAAAAUAAUUCGGUAUGGAAACUGAGCAGGUUUCUUCCAUGUUGGAUCUUGGAACAACCAAAAGUUACAAAAUUCCUGUUGAACAUCUGGACUACAGUUUUAUUGAGAAGUGCACAGAUGUCCACCAUUUGGAAAAGAUAUUGUUGGUAUUAAGGUCUGGUGAAGAGGGGAUUUAUCCUGCCCUUACUGAGUUUUGUGAAAAGAAAAUAGAAAGCUUGGAUCCAAGAAGCCAUGCUCUUCGAAAGGAAAAGCCUCCAGCAACUGCUACUAGUUUUAGUUCAGAGGAGUGGAAAGAAAUUAUGUGUGAUUUAAAGAGUUGGUCAAAAGAAAUUAAUCAAAUAGAAACUGAACUUAAACUCCGAUCAGUCCUGGAUAACUCUGAAAAUGUGCCACCUGUGCGUGGAUCAAACGUCUUUGUUCCUUCCAAACAAAAUAAAAUCAACAAGGGAAAAACUUCACAAAACAAAGUUGUUCCUAGGGAAUACAGUGAGUGGGAUAAAUUUGAUGUUGAACAGGAAUGUGCUAAAGUUGAAGGAUGCAACAAGGAGAAAAGCUCUCCAAGACUAAUCAGUCAUGGAUUGCCUAAAAUCAAAAGAAAAAUAGACACAACAGAUUUGACUGACAAGGAAAAAAACAUAAUUGCAAAUCGAGAAAAAGAUAAAGGAAAUGAGUUUUUCUAUGCUAAGGAUUAUGAAGAUGCUGUGGUAUAUUAUACAAGGAGUAUUUCAGUGAUUCCUUCUGUGGCUGCCUACAACAAUAGGGCUCAAGCAGAAAUCAAACUUCAGCACUGGAACAAUGCCUUCAAUGACUGUGAGAAAGUACUGGAACUGGAACCAAAUAAUAUGAAAGCCCUGUUGAGACGUGCCACUGUUUAUAAACAUCUGGGUAAGGUUAAGGAAGCUGCUGAUGACUUGAAGAAAGUUCUGCAAGCUGAGCCAGAAAAUGUCAUGGCAAAGAAACUACUGCAUGAAACUAAAGAAAAAAGAGAUAUGCAAUCAAAAAAACAACCUAAAGGAAAAAGAAUCCUUAUACAAGAGGUAGAGGACUUGGAUGAAGAAACAGAGACAGAAUCUUGCCUGCUUGUGGGUGGGGAGAGUGCAGCUGAGAAGGGUGAAAUGGGGAAUGCACAGAGAAAGUUUCCUGGCAGAGGCGAUGGUGGACCACAAACUGAAGAGAAACCGCCGUCCACAGCCAAAAAGGCCCAGGCAAAGAGAGGGAGCUCAGAAAAAAACAGUUAUCAGGGGGCUAAAGAGCAAGGGCAGACUAAUGAAUUCCAGAGGAAUGGGAGCAAUGCAGGUGAUCAGACAAGCCCCAGUUCAUCAGGUACUGACAGCAGCAGGCCCGAUGUGCCGGUAGACUCAGGAGCGCUGCCACCUGAUAUUGCCAGGCUGAAAAGUCAAGGCAAUGAGCUUUUCAAGAGCGGACAGUUUUCUGAAGCACUGCUUAAGUACACACAAGCCAUCAAUGACUUCACAGAGGCCGAGAUAGACAGUCCUGGAGAUCUCAGCAUUUUGUAUUCAAACCGAGCAGCAUGCUUCCUAAAGGAUGGGAAUUGUAAUGAUUGUAUUCAGGACUCUACCAGAGCCUUGGAGCUUCAACCUUUCUCUGUCAAGCCUCUCCUUCGGAGAGCAAUGGCUUAUGAGUCACUAGAGCGUUACCAGCAAGCCUAUGUGGAUUAUAAGACUGUUCUCCAGAUUGACAGUGGGAUACAGUCUGCCAAUGACAGCGUCAACAGGAUUACAAGACUGUUGAUAGACCAAGAUGGCCAUAACUGGAGAGAGAAACUUCCUGAUAUCCCAGCAGUCCCACUGUCUGCUCUGCAGAACAGAUGGGAAGGCACCUCAGCAAACUGUGAACAAACACAGCAAAAAAAUAAAGGAUCUGGUGGCUCUAAACCUGUGCAGGACACAGGUAAAAAAACAGAAGCUCUCUUCCUGUCACUUAAACAAGAAGGAAAUGAUUUUGUGCAGAAGGGCCAGUAUAAAGAUGCCCUUGGAAAGUACACUGAGUGCUUGAAGUUAAAAUCAAGUGAAUGUGCAAUUUACACAAACAGAGCCCUAUGUAACUUAAAACUAAAUCAAUUUGAAGAGGCCAAACAGGACUGUGAUUCUGCACUGCAGUUAGAACCUUUCAAUAUGAAAGCAUUUUACAGAAGAGCCAUGGCUCACAAAGGGUUAAAGAACUAUGCUUACUGCAUGGAUGACUUGAAAGAAGUCCUAAGAUUGGACCCGAAUGUUACUGAGGCAGAGAAGGAACUGCAGGAGGCAGCUGAACUAUUGAGCAAGCAGAGUGUUGCUCCCGAUAGCCAGGAGAAGCAGAGGAAAAAAAUCCAGAUCCAAGAGGUCAAUGACAGUGAUGAAGAGGAAACAGAAAAUAGACAAGACAGAAAUGAUGGAAAAGAGGUCAACUGUCAUGUUGGCACAGGAGAUAAUCAAAUCAACCACUGUGGUUCUGAAAACAUGUUCCCCUUACAGCCCACAAAUGCCUAUGAGUUUGGACAAGCCUUAAAUGCGGUGAAGUCCAAGGAGGACGUUGCCGCCUGCGCAAAACUUCUCUGCAGUGUAGAACCAGAGAACCUACCAUCACUGAUGAGCAAUAAAUUAGAGGUAGACAGCUUUACCAUAAUCAUUCAGGCACUGGACAACCAUCUCCUUCAGAAGGACCCUAAACUGGUUUAUCGUCAUCUAGUCCAUCUGCAUGAAGCAGAAAGGUUUAAGAUGGUGUCAUUGCUGUUGGGCAAAACUGAAAGGGAACAAGUAAAGCAACUGUUUGAUCAUCUCUCAACAGUGGAAAAUGCACACUUUACAUCAGACGACGUUGAGAAUCUUGCAAAACAUUAUUUAUUUUAAUAACAAAAGUUCCAAUUUGCAUG